GAAACAGUAUGGAUGGAGAUCGUCCUGAUUUAGGUGGAGAAUCGUCUAGUCCACAUUCUCCAGUGUCGGUUCCUAUAGCAGAACUGAGGCUGGUGCUGCUGGGGAGGACGGGGUCUGGGAAGAGUGCAGCAGGAAACACCAUCCUGAGCAGAGAGGAGAGGAACCAGGCUGCUACAUCUACAGCUACAUCUACAUCCACCCAGCAGAGUGAGAGCACACAGGGGGAGGUGGCUGGGAGGAAGGUGACUGUGGUGGACACUCCUGACUGGUUCUCUCCUGGACUCUCUCUGGAGAAGCUGAGACAUGACGUGGGACUCUGUGUCCAUUUGUCUGCUCCAGGACCCCACGCCUUCCUCCUGGUCAUACCUGUAAAGCAGUCUACAGCGGAGGAGAGAGGGAUGCUGGAGAAAAUGGAGGAUAUUUUUGGAGAGAGAUGUUGGAGAAACACCAUGAUCAUAUUCAAUGUCACUGAUGAACUUCAGAAGAAGAACAUUGAGGAGUUUAUUCAAUCAGGAGACCAGGAGGUCCAGAGACUGGUGGAGAAAUGUGGGAACAGGUUUCACUGUCUCAACAUUAAGCAGAGUGGCGAUGGUUCUCAGGUCUCAGAGCUGCUGGAGAAGAUAGAGAAAAUGGUGGAAGGAAGCAAAGAGAAAUUCUACAGCAGUGAGAUCUACCUGGAGACAGAAUCUCAGAUUAGAGCGUUGGAGACUAAGAUCCUGAGGGAAAGAGAAGAGAAAAGGAGGAGAGAGGAGAUUGAAGUGAAGGAAAAAAUAGAUAAGGAGGUGCAGGACUCUCUGAGAAAAAUGGAAGGAAAAAUCCUGGAGCAUGAAGGAGACAUCAGACAACUAAAUGACCGAACAACUGAACUGGAGAGAAAGAUGAAAGAAGAGAAAGAUAAAGAGAAAAAGAAAGAACUUGAGAGGGAGCUGAAACGAGAGGUAGCGCGAAGGGCAGAAAUGGAAGAAAAGGUGAAGAAACUAAAAGAAAAGAGAGAGAGGGAGAGGAGAGAGAUGGAGGAGAGACACCAACAGGAGAUGGAUGAGAUCAGGGAGGCGUAUGAGGGAGAGGUCAGGAUGGACCUCAUGAAGAUCAUCCUGCCUGAACUUCAAAAAAACAUUUUGGCCUCUAAAACAAAGAUGCAGGAAGAGUUCAGCAGACAGAUGGAGGAGAAGAACAGAGAGCUGGAGACUCUUAAACAGAAACUUUCAGACCUCACAGAGACUCACAGUCUGUGUAAAGAGGUUUAUGGGAAAACUGUGAGCAGCUCAGAGUCAGAGAGAGCAGCUGUAACAGGAGAAGUGUCAAAGGGAAUCUUUCAGACAUUGACCGACUAUUUUGUCACUGGAUAACAGAGUUUGUAAAGCCACAGACACUCAAACAGUCUGAAAUAAAGACAGGACUGAACUGGGACAAAAAAAAUAAUCAUCCCUGGCCUUUUUGCUCCAGGCAGCUCAACACUACAAUGGAAGUAUUGGUCUAGACGGACACCACCCAUGUACAGUACAUGUCAGAAAAUUUGGAUAAUAAGAAGGAAUCUAAUAAGAAGAUCCCUGUGCCCUGAGAACAGACCCCUCACUGUGCUUCCUGAUGUCUUAUGUGGUAACACCUUCUAUAUCCUGUACCCAGACGAAUAUACAUCCACAUGGCUCUUGUCUGCUAGAACCCUUUUGUUUAAUCAGGAGAAUGUAAAUGUAUUUCCUCUCUCUCAUAAGAAAUACUAUUAUGCCUCAAUGUGUUUGAUGCCUUUUAUACAAUAGAAUUUUGACAAAAUAAUAUGUGAAUAUAGAAGCACAUUAUAUCUAUUUAUAUUUACAGUUCAUGUUGUUGUACAUCCUCAAAACACUAGUUGCUUCUAUAAUUAGUAUUAUAACAUCUAGGAGCACAAUCACCAGACUGUUAGGUCAUGGGCAUACAACCAUUUCACUGCAUAUCAUACUGUGUAUGACUGUUUAUGAGUGUAUGUGACAAAUAGAAUUUGUACUGAAUUUGAGUUCAAACUAAGAAUAAAGUGUCAGAGAACCUACUGAUUCUUACUGUAAGUGCAGAUGUGUUGAUAGUUUUACAGAUGUUUUCUGUCCAUUAUUUGUUUGUUUGUUUGUUUUGUGUUGGAAUGUUUUCAUUAAAAAUUUAAAAAUAUAUAGUGGUAUGAUGCUCUGAGCAAAUCCAUAUUUGAAAUAACUUGAAGGUAUUUUUCCAUUACUGAUCAACACUGCCAUGCUGUAGCCAUAUAUGACUUUCAUGUGCUGUGAUCUCAAUAAAAAUAGAUAUUUUAAUUA